GGGCAAAUAGCUGCAGGGUCGUAAGCCGUGGCUUCUUCUCGAACAUCGCUCCCCUUUUCUUCUUCUUUUUUCUUCUGGUUCUUCCAUGGCGUCGUCAAGCUCUGGAAGUUCAAUUCCCGCUCUAGAGGCUGUUCAAUUUCUGGUUUCGUCACUCGCUGAUGAAUCCCCCAUGGUCAGAGAGGCCUCCAUAGCCUCGCUCAAGGACAUUGCUGCCCUGAGCCCUCUCUUAGUUCUCGAUUGUUGCUCGGCCAGUUCGCGAGGAGGACGUCGGCGUUUUGGUAACAUGGCUGGGGUUUUCCAAGUGAUGGCAUACGGAGUCAGAGCCUUGGACAAGGACGAAGUCGACCCUCUUUUCAUGUCUAAGAUCGCGAAGAUUGCCACCGCAGAGAUCAUCUCCUCCAAGGAGCUCAAUACAAACUGGCAAAGAGCUGCAUCAGGCCUUCUUGUUUCAAUUGGCUUACAUUUGCCAGACCUAAUGAUGGAAGAAAUUUUUCUACAUUUACCUGGGCCAAACUCAGCUUUACCAGCUAUGGUUCAGAUACUAGCAGACUUUGCUUAUGCUGAUGCAUUGCAGUUCACCCCACGAUUGAAAGAUGUGCUUUCACGGGUUCUACCUAUUCUUGGAAGUGUACGAGAUGUCCAUCGACCGAUUUUUGCUAAUGCUUUUAAAUGUUGGUGUCAGGCUGUUUGGCAAUAUAGUCUUGAUAUCCCUUCGCAGUCACCUCUGGAUGGUGACAUCAUGUCAUUUCUGAAUUCUGUUUUUGAGCUUUUGUUGAGAGUUUGGGCGGCUUCACGGGAUCUAAAGGUUCGCAUAUCUUCUGUAGAAGCAUUAGGUCAGAUGGUUGGCCUUAUUACCCGGGCACAAUUGAAGGCGGCUUUACCCAGACUUGUCCCCACAAUAUUGGAAUUGUAUAAAAGAGAUCAAGAUAUUGCCUUUUUGGCCACAUGCAGUCUUAACAAUCUCUUACAUGCUUCUUUACUAUCAGAAAGUGGUCCUCCUUUACUUGAUUUUGAGGAGCUCACAGUCAUUCUAUCAACACUCCUGCCGGUGGUUUGCAUCAAUAAUGACAACAAGGAGCAUUCAGAUUUCUCAGUUGGACUGAAGACAUAUAAUGAAGUUCAACGUUGCUUCCUGACAGUUGGUUUGGUAUACCCUGAGGAUUUAUUUGUGUUUCUUAUUAAUAAAUGCAGAUUGAAGGAAGAACCUUUGACGUUUGGUGCGCUAUGUGUUCUAAAACAUCUCUUGCCAAGGCUAUCUGAAGCUUGGCACUGUAAACGGCAUAAUCUUGUUGAAGCUGUACAAUUCUUGCUAGAUGAUCAAGAUUUAGGUGUCCGAAAGGUGCUUUCAGAGUUGAUUGUUGUUAUGGCUUCGCAUUGUUACUUAAUUGGUCCGUCUGGGGAGCUGUUUGUGGAAUAUCUUGUCCGCCAUUGUGCUUUAACAGAUAAGGAUAGUAAUGACCUUGAGAGGUCCAAGGAUGCAUCAGGCAACCCCUAUAUUCCUUUCCAAUACAAGAGAUUGGAGGUGAAAAUUGGGACACUUUGUCCAGCAGAGUUAAGGGCAAUCUGUGAAAAAGGCCUUCUUCUGCUGACUAUUACGAUCCCAGAAAUGGAGCAUAUACUUUGGCCUUUUCUGCUGAAGAUGAUUAUUCCACAGGCUUAUACUGGUGCAGUUGCUAUGGUUUGCAGAUGCAUCUCAGAAUUGUGCAGGCAUAGAUCUAAUAGCAAUACCAUGCUUGCUGAGUGCAAAGCUCGUGCUGAUAUACCAAAUCCUGAGGAGCUUUUUGUUCGCUUGGUGGUGCUUUUGCAUGAUCCUUUAGCAAGGGAGCAGCUGGCGAGUCAGAUUUUGACAGUUCUUUGCUAUCUGGCACCUCUCUUUCCAAAAAAUAUCAACUUGUUUUGGCAAGAUGAGAUUCCAAAAUUAAAGGCAUAUGUUAGUGACACAGAAGAUUUAAAGCAAGAUCCUUCUUAUCAAGAGACUUGGGACGACAUGAUAAUCAAUUUUUUUGCAGAAUCUUUGGAUGUGAUUCAAGAUUCUGACUGGGUGAUACCCUUUGGAAAUGCAAUUACCAAACAGUAUGGACUUUAUACAUCUGAUGACGAACACUCUGCACUUCUUCAUCGCUGCUUUGGUGUGUUUCUUCAAAAAGUGAAUGACAGGGCCUAUGUCCGUGAUAAGAUAGAUUGGAUGUAUAAACAAGCUAACAUCACAAUUCCAACAAAUAGGCUUGGUUUGGCAAAAGCCAUGGGGCUGGUUGCAGCAUCCCACUUGGACACAGUCCUGGAAAAGCUAAAAGGCAUUCUGGAUAAUGUUGAGCAAAGCAUUUUUCGAAGAUUCUUAUCUUUUUUCUCUGAUGAUUUUAAAACCGAAGAAUCUGAUGAUAUACAUGCUGCUUUGGCUCUAAUGUAUGGAUAUGCUGCAAAAUAUGCUCCAUCAACAGUAAUUGAAGCCAGAAUAGAUGCACUUGUGGGGACUAAUAUGCUCUCACGGCUUCUUCAUGUGCGCCACCCUACUGCAAAGCAAGCAGUCAUUACUGCUAUUGAUUUACUCGGUCGUGCUGUCAUUAAUGCUGCAGAAAAUGGUUCAUCAUUUCCAUUAAAAAGAAGGGACCAAAUGCUUGACUAUAUAUUAACUUUAAUGGGACGAGAUGACAGUGAAAGCUUUUCAGAUUCUAGUCUGGAACUUCUGGACACGCAAGCCCGUGCUUUAAGUGCCUGCACUACAUUGGUCUCUGUGGACCCAAAACUAACGAUUGAAACCAGAAACCAUGUAUUAAAGGCCACCUUAGGGUUCUUUGCUUUACCAAAUGAUCCAAUAGAUGUCGUCAAUCCUCUUAUUGACAACCUCAUUACUCUCUUGUGUGCAAUUCUUCUUACAAGUGGAGAAGAUGGGAGAAGUCGAGCAGAGCAGUUAUCGCACAUCUUGAGACAAAUUGAUCAGUAUGUUUCUUCACCUAUGGAUUAUCAAAGGAGAAGAGGUUGUCUUGCAGUACAUGAGAUGCUUCUCAAGUUUAGGACAGUUUGCAUCACUGCACAUUGUGCCCUGGGCUGCCAAGGAAGUUGCACGCACAACAAGAAAUUUGACCGUAACUUGCAUGGGAACUUGUCCAACUUACCAUCGGCUUUUGUAUUGCCAAGUCGUGAGGCCUUGUCAUUGGGAGACAGGGUCAUUAUGUAUCUUCCACGUUGUGCAGACACUAAUUCUGAAGUUAGAACAGUCUCUGCUCAGAUUCUUGAUCAGCUUUUUAGCAUCUCACUUUCACUUCCACGGCCUGAAACUUCCAGUUAUGGUGUGGACAUAGAAUUGUCCUACAGUGCUUUAUCGUCCCUUGAGGAUGUCAUUGCUAUUUUGAGGAGUGAUGCUUCUAUAGAUCCAUCUGAGGUUUUCAACAGAAUUAUUUCCUCUGUCUGCAUAUUACUGACAAAAAACGAGCUUGUAGCUACUCUGCAUGGUUGCACAUCAGCUAUAUGUGAUAAGAUCAAGCAAUCAGCUGAAGGGGCCAUUCAAGCUGUAAUUGAGUUUGUCACAAGAAGAGGGAAUGAACUGAGUGAAGCUGAUGUUUCAAGGACGACCCAAGCUCUGCUGAUGGCUGCAAACCAUGUAACUGAGAAGCAUUUACGUCAGGAAACUCUUGCUGCUAUUUCUUCUCUAGCUGAGAGCACUAGUUCGAAAGUUGUCUUCAAUGAAGUUUUGGCUACGUCUGGAAGGGAUAUAGUAACAAAAGAUAUAUCUAGACUACGUGGUGGCUGGCCAAUGCAGGAUGCAUUUUAUGCAUUUUCCCAGCAUACAGUUCUUUCAUCUUUGUUCCUGGAGCAUGCGAUAGGUGUCUUUGGCCAGUAUCCCAUCCUUAAAGGUGAUUCAGUAAAAGGAGACAGUCAUAGCCAUUUGGUUGACAGUCAAAUGGAGGAUGACAUUCUACAAGCUGCUAUUAUUGCUGUCACUGCAUUUUUCAGGGGUGGUGGUAAAAUAGGCAAGAAGGCUGUUCAACAAAAUUAUGCCUCUGUUCUUGCUGAACUCACUCUCCAAUUGGGAACUUGUCAUGGUCUAGCUAGCUGUGGUCAACAUGAUCCAUUACGGGCUCUUCUAACUGCAUUCCAAGCGUUCUGUGAAUGUGUUGGAGAUCUUGAGAUGGGAAAGAUUCUGGCUAGAGAUGGAGAGCAUAAUGAAAAUGAGAGGUGGAUCAAUCUUAUUGGAGACAUAGCGGGCUGCAUCUCUAUAAAAAGACCAAAAGAGGUUCAAAGCAUAUGUGUAAUUUUAAGUAAAUCAUUAAAUCGACACCAAAGAUACCAAAGGGAAGCUGCAGCUGCUGCAUUAUCAGAGUUUGUCCGCUACAGUGAUGGAUUUGGCUCCCUAUUAGAGCAGAUCGUGGAGGUGUUGUGUCGACAUGUAUCAGAUGAGUCUCCAACAGUUAGGCGCUUGUGUUUGAGAGGACUAGUACAGAUACCCUCAAUCCAUAUGUUGCAGUACACAACUCAAGUUCUGGGUGUAAUAUUAGCUUUACUCGAUGAUUCUGAUGAAUCUGUGCAAUUAACUGCAGUCUCUUGCUUACUCACGAUGCUUGAGUCAUCACCCAACGAUGCAGUGGAACCCAUUUUGCUUAAUCUUUCUGUACGGCUUCGAAAUCUUCAGAUAUGCAUGAACCCAAAGAUGCGAGCUAAUGCUUUUGCAGCUUUUGGAGCACUAAGCAACUACGGAAUUGGGGCACAGCACGAAGCAUUUCUUGAGCAGGUACAUGCUGCCAUCCCACGCUUGGUCCUGCAUUUGCAUGAUGAUGAUGUUAGUGUGCGACAGGCUUGCCGGAGUACUCUCAAACGAAUUGCCCCCUUGCUGGAAAUGGAAGGAUUGUUGCCCUUGUUCAACAUGCAUUGCUUCAAUCAUGAUCAUCGAACUGACUAUGAGGACUUUGUCAGAGAUCUCACAAAGCAAUUUGCUCAGCAUCUUCCCUCUAGAGUUGAUACGUACAUGGCGUCGACAAUACAGGCUUUCGAUGCACCAUGGCCAAUAAUUCAGGCAAAUGCUAUAUACUUGUCCAGUUGUAUGCUCUCUCUGUCAGAUGAUCAGCACAUUUUGACUCUCUAUUAUGCACAGGUAUUUGGAACAUUAGUAGGCAAAAUGAGUAAGUCAACAGAUGCGGUCGUGAGAGCAACAUGUUCUUCUGCUCUUGGUUUGUUAUUAAAAUUCUCAAAGUCAUCCUCAUGGAAAGCAGCUCGAGUUGAUCGUGUGGAAUCAGGUCGAAGAAGCCAUGAUUCUUCAGCCUAAAAUAAAGCAGAAAUCUAUAAAGGAGAAAUUCAAAUGGUCAUCUUCAUCUGUGUACUUGAAAACAUAUCCCCAUGUUUGAUGACUCGGAUCCUGGAUGACCACAAGUUCCAGAGUUUGAAGAAAAAGCAAUGCAUGAGGGAAUGUGGAAGUCAUGAUGUUGAUUUUCAAGGUGCAGAAUGAAGCAGCUAGGGUGAAUGUUUAGAGCUCUGCAUUGACCUCUUUAGUAUGUAGGGUUAUCAAAUAUCGAUGUCUAUAAUUGUAAGUGACUUGUGCCAAUUUCUCAGCUGUUGUAAAUCAUGUCAAUUGUAGCCUUGUCGGUUGUCAAUCCAUAAUUUGUGCUUAGGGUCAUCUGUGUAUUUCUUUGUUGUAGAUUUAUGUGAUAUGCAUAAUUUAGACUUGUCUUGUAACAUUAUGCCGAUUUACCCAGAAACAAGUGAGUCUGUAAAAUAUUUGUAAAUUCCAAUGUUUAAACAUACUAUCGGUUAUAUGUGAACCAUUUGUCACUUCAUUUGCAUA